GGAUGCAGCUGCCAUGGCAACGGGUGCUGUGUAUGGAAUAUAGCAGCCAGUCGCAGGCAGCCAGCAAAAUAUCUAUCCUUCCUUUAUCAUUUCAACUACACUUUUCUAGUAACAUACUCUCUCUACAGACCAGACAUAUAAACACAUUUGUGUUGCAGAACAAUCAUCAUUUGAAGCAAACACACACAUCCAGGAUGGCGACCAUCACCUGCACACGGUUUACAGAGGAAUAUCAGCUGUUUGAAGAACUAGGAAAGGGAGCCUUUUCUGUGGUUCGAAGAUGUGUGAAAGUUCUUUCAGGGCAAGAGUUCGCUGCGAAGAUCAUCAAUACAAAGAAGCUGUCAACUAGGGAUCACCAGAAACUGGACAGGGAGGCUAGGAUCUGUAGACUGCUGAAACAUCCAAAUAUAGUACGGCUGCAUGACAGCAUCUCAGAGGAAGGUCACCAUUACCUAAUUUUUGACCUAGUUACAGGUGGUGAGCUGUUCGAAGACAUUGUGGCCAGGGAAUAUUACAGUGAAGCAGAUGCCAGCCAUUGCAUUCAGCAGAUUCUGGAGGCAGUACUUCAUUGCCAUCAGAUGGGUGUUGUGCACAGAGACCUAAAGCCUGAGAACCUGCUAUUGGCUUCCAAAUCCAAAGGCGCAGCUGUGAAGUUAGCAGAUUUUGGCCUUGCAAUUGAGGUUGAAGGGGAACAACAGGCCUGGUUUGGCUUUGCUGGUACGCCCGGAUACCUGUCCCCUGAAGUCUUACGGAAAGACCCUUAUGGAAAAGCUGUGGACCUGUGGGCAUGUGGUUAGUGUUAUAUACUUCUUCAUCAAUAUACAGGGGUU